CCUCCCAAAGAGGGUGCCUGACUCCCCCCCCAUCCCCGGCCUGGGGUGCUCCGGACCAAGCGGUGCCCGACGCGGGGAGGAGAGGGGAGAUAUAACGUGUUGAACGUUCCGCCCUAGUGAAGCAUUACAGUGUUACUGCCAUCUGUGUACAAAAGACAACUUCACCUGUGUGACGGAUGGGCUGUGUUUUACCUCGGUAACACGAACUGCUGACAAAGUCAUACGCAACAGUAUGUGUAUAGCAGAAAUUGAUCUGAUUCCCCGCGACAGGCCCUUUGUUUGUGCCCCCUCUACCAGAGAUGGAGUCACUACCGUGCCUCACUGCUGUGACAGAGACCACUGCAAUAAAAUUGAACUUCCAAUUCCAACACCAGGCCCUGCUCCAGGAAAACUGGCUUCUAAUCUGGGACCUGUGGAACUGGCUGCUGUCAUUGCUGGACCCGUCUGCUUUGUCUGCAUUUCACUGAUGCUGAUUCUGUAUCUUUGUCAUAAUCGUACUGUAAUUCAUCAUCGUGUGCCAAGUGAAGAAGAUCCCUCCCUGGAUCGUCCCUUUAUAUCAGAAGGAACUACUUUAAAGGAUUUAAUUUAUGAUAUGACAACUUCAGGCUCUGGGUCAGGUUUGCCUUUACUUGUGCAAAGGACAAUUGCAAGAACUAUAGUGCUUCAAGAAAGCAUUGGGAAGGGUCGCUUUGGAGAAGUCUGGCGAGGGAAGUGGAGAGGAGAAGAAGUUGCUGUGAAGAUCUUUUCUUCAAGAGAGGAACGCUCGUGGUUCCGCGAAGCAGAAAUCUAUCAGACAGUUAUGCUGAGACAUGAAAACAUUCUUGGAUUUAUAGCUGCAGACAACAAAGACAAUGGCACGUGGACUCAGCUGUGGUUGGUGUCAGACUAUCACGAGCACGGAUCGCUCUUCGAUUACCUGAACAGGUACACGGUGACAGUGGAAGGGAUGAUUAAAUUAGCUUUGUCCACUGCCAGUGGCCUUGCUCAUCUUCACAUGGAAAUUGUUGGCACGCAAGGCAAACCAGCGAUCGCCCACAGAGAUUUGAAAUCAAAAAAUAUAUUGGUAAAAAAGAAUGGGACGUGCUGUAUUGCAGACCUUGGACUGGCAGUGAGGCACGAUUCAGCUACAGAUACAAUUGAUAUUGCCCCAAACCACAGAGUGGGAACAAAAAGGUACAUGGCACCUGAAGUUCUAGAUGAUUCCAUAAAUAUGAAACAUUUUGAGUCAUUCAAACGAGCAGACAUCUAUGCAAUGGGAUUAGUGUUUUGGGAAAUAGCUCGGCGCUGUUCAAUCGGUGGGAUCCACGAAGAUUACCAGUUGCCGUACUAUGACCUGGUUCCUUCAGAUCCUUCUGUGGAAGAAAUGAGGAAGGUUGUGUGUGAGCAGAAGUUAAGGCCCAACAUUCCAAACAGGUGGCAGAGCUGUGAGGCCCUCCGGGUGAUGGCCAAAAUCAUGCGGGAGUGCUGGUACGCCAACGGAGCCGCUCGGCUCACCGCUCUGCGCAUCAAGAAAACCUUAUCGCAGCUUAGUCAGCAGGAGGGGAUAAAGAUGUAAUCCUGCAUUUGCUACCGAAGAAAACUGUAAAAAAGAAAGAAAAAAAAGAAAAAAAAAAAUCCCUAUCUGCACCAGAGUGGCGUGUUAAGAAGGUCAAUUGUUCUACCUCAGUGGGGGAACAGAAGGAUAUUGCUGCCUUUUAGUACUUCAUAGGAACGUCACUUGUUAGGAUUUUUGUGGACGUGCUGAGCAGUUGUGUCGGGUCCUUUCUGUGCACUAUGAACCUCUUUCCCAGGUUACUUACAAAAACAUGGUGUAGUCUAGUUUUAUUUUUAUUAACCUAUAAUUUUUUUUUUUUUUUUAAUUUGCAGAGUCGAUAGCUGGUCUUAACUUGUAGUUAACUGUGCUACAAAUAGGAGGUCACUUUUGAAAGGCAACUGGUUGGCGACGUUCUAGGGUGCAUGGAUGGCUCUUUUUAAGCAAUUUCUUCCUGGCUGGUACAUUGGCUGCUCUGAACCACUGUCACAGUUCUGUGCUUCAGAUGGGGAAUGUACUGCUGGAGUAUCCUCUGCCAGCUGUUACCUUAGUAGCUCUUUUGGACUCUUAACCUUGAGUUACAAAUUGACCUCAUUCAGUUGUGGGAACAUAAUUUAUGCAAACUAUACUUUAUACAUGAUUACUGGGGUGUGUUUUUUUUUUUCCACUUUCUCAGUACCUUACGUUACCUUCAGAAUAGAUUGUAUCACACCAGCAAGUGCCGCUUUUCAGUCUUUUAAUGCAAAACCAGUCGGAGCGUACAAAGCCUUUGGUACUUUUUGGUUUCAAAAAUGCAAGUUUUAAAAAUCAACCGUUCCUUUGCGUAAUUAAGCUCUAACUCAGACUCGUUUCAGCAAGCGAGUACCUAAUUCGUGGAAUACCUUUAAUUUUACCAAAAUCUGACUCUUUAAACCACUGUAGGAGUUUUAAAUAGUGUAAGCUAGUAAAUUCACUGUCAUAUUUUGUAAUUAAGUCAUGAGUCAUAAUUAUAUAUGAGAUGUAUCAAGUGGUACUUCUAAAAUGCUGGAAGUACCUAUCUACUUCAGAAAAGUAGCAAGAGGAGGAAGGUGCUCUUAAGGGAGAUCUUGCUCUGUUAAAUCAAAUACAAAAAGUGUAUUUUCUGUGCAGUUCUGCAGAGUCUUAAGGCUCCGAGAACAAUAUCUGCAAUUAAACGAGGAUUAAGUGCACCUGUAAUUAGGGAGAAGUUAUUGGGGCUUUUGUACUAGGAAGUUGAAAGCUGCUUCUAAAUCUUAAUGUGCAUAUAUUUUUUUGUGUGCCUCAUACACAGAAGGUGGUGAGCUGUGGAAGGUGGUGAGCUGCAGGGCUUUGGAUACAAAUGAUGAGGGGAUCCCCGUGCUCCCCUCCCUGCCUACAAGAACAAAGCUUACGGGGGUUUGUGCUGUCGUAAGAACACAGAAUACGUGUGGCUUUGCUCAAGAUUUGCCCGAGAUUUUAAGGAUAUUGCGAGGCUUUUGCAAACUUCUUUCGAAAUUGAAUUGCCUCCUGCCCAAACAUACAACUUCUGGAGGGGACUAAGGGGAUUAAUAUGGAAAAUUCUCUUUAAAAAAAACCUGCUGUUACCAGAACUAUAUAUUUUUUUUUUUAGUUGCAUUUUUAGGAAGAGUCUGGUUGACUUUUGGCAUUAUCUGACCAGUCAGGCUUAGGUGCCUUAGGCCUGUGCCCAUCAAAGCUGAAUGAAAAUUGACUCCAUGUAGGUAUUUUAAAUAAACCAUGCCCUGUGUGAGUGGGGAGCUGUUCACACCACAGGCUUCUUCAGCCAUGACUGUCCUAAAGAAAGGACUGAAGAUAACUCCCAAAUCUGUCUACUGGCUGUGUGUCUCCAACAAGCUCUAUGGAUCUAGACAAAUAUUUAAAGGAAGCAGGUGGCAUCAAAGCAGAACUUGCUGUAUCUCCCUACUAAUCCCAAAGGCUUCCAAUUUAAACAACUUAUUAACUUUGUUAAAUUGUGAGUUUUUCAUAAGCAUACCUGGAUCUUUACUGUAGAUUCCAAUGGUCUAGUUCCUACUUCAGAAUGAUCAGGCUCCUGCCACGCUUCGGGUCUUCAUAGCAAUCUCGAUGGUAACACGGGAGAGCUUCCAAUACAAUUAAUCAGAUAAUUUCAUUAGUGGCUUUUUGAGCACCUACAAAACCUUGUCACCCCAACGUUUCCUUUCCUAAGAGAGCUUAACAGCAGGUGCAUGGUGGCAGAUCAUCCAGCCGGUGACACCUCUCCUAUCCUCACCCCCUCCUGCUCCUUAUCCUCCUGAAUUCCCGGCGACUAUUUGUACGUUGUUCCAAUUUUUUCACUUCCCAACGGAAGCUUGCAAAAACAAAGCCCAGGAAGGAUGCCUGAGAGGGCGUGUGACAGCAGGAAGGUUGUUUUGGGUCAACCUUGUUCGUAUCGGAACGCAGAACAGGAUAAUUCCUUAUAGAGCUAUACGUAUCCUGGGUUCUGACACCACAACUUCAAGCUUUGUUCUUCUUUUCCAUUAUAUAAACUGAACACCUUUUACAAAGGCUGUGUCUGUAUAUAUUAUGUAACUUUAAAUGUUACCUGUGUAAGAUCAUAUCUUCUAUAUAUGGACACAGGUACACAUAAGUAUUUUUUAAAUUAAGAUUGUAAUAUCACCAGAUCUGCUCUUGGAAAUCCAGGGGGACCAAAAUAUUUUAGCAUUCAAAAAUAUUAAUUUUUGUAUCAUUUCAAGUAUAUACCAAAACAGUUUCUGAUGAACACUGAUGCAAAUGUUUAUUGUAAAUAUUACAUACAUUAUACAUUCACUUAAGUUUUGUGGAUUUCAUCGAGUUGACAUUUCAGUAGCGUUGAAGCCUCAAGUUUGGUUUACGGCCUCGAGACCGGGUGGACGCGGAGGACAAGGAGCGUUGGAAACGGUCUGAUGCCCAGAACGUUGGGGGUUGUUUUUUUUUUUGGAAUGCUGGAAUUCUUCAGGGACCUUCCAACCUUAAAAGCUGGAAUUCUGGGAUCUUUCCAAGUGUGACACAGUGUCACCCUCCAGUGGUUCCACCUGUAAUCCUAGGAAGGACGCUGUACAUAGGGUAGAGACGCUGGGAGUGACUGUAGGGGGGCAUGGAGAUGGCAGAUGAAAUAAGAGGCUACUUUAUUUUUUUUCAGCAAGGGUUCCGAGUGUGAUUGCCAUGAAAUUCACCUUUUAGUUACUUCCUUGUUUAUAUUGUGCCAUUGAAAUGAUUGCGAGGUGUUAAGCGUUUUGUGUG